GUACUGUUCGAUUUAUUAAAAAGGCGGGCAACGUGGUAUUCCUCAAACCUGACAUAGAAUGAAUUCUGGCGUAAAAUGUCACUCGUCAUGUCUCGUUGCUUACCAUGAUCUGAAAAUGCUCAAAAAACAUCGUUAUGUUAUGUUUCACAUCGACGAACGGGGAGAAGUCCGCAUUCUGAAAGAAGCUGUGAGAGAGGCAACGUACGAAGAUUUCAGAAAUGAUAUGGUUGAAGCAAUGAAGUUGGGAGAUGGUCGAUACGUUAUAUAUGACUAUGAAUAUCCCAAUAAAACUACAGACUUGUUUUUUAUUAUGUGGACCCCGAGGAACUUAACCCUUUUGAAAAAUAUGGUGUAUGCGUCCACGAUGUGCUGUGUAAAGUCUCAGUUCCAAGGGAUCAAACACACCUUGGAAGCACAUGACCUAGAAGAUAUUAGUGAGGAGCGUUUUAUUGAGGUGGGGAAACAGAAUAGACUGUGCUAGGUUAAUGGAAUUUUAAUCUGGAUCAUUUGUACCGAUCGCAUCCCCUAACUGGAUUUUAUUUGUUUUUUUCUAAUUAUGCAACUCAUUCAAUGUAUUUGAUUUUCAGCUUCGGCUCACACUUUGUAUUUCCAUAGUUAUGUGGACGAUCUAUUAAUUGUUUAAUCUUCAGUCGCUUGUCAAUAAAACUUUGGAAGGUGUUUUUUAUACUGACUUGC